CAUCAGUGAGUCAGAAAAUCCCAGCUCAUCACAGAGUCCAGAAGGCCUGCAGACAUGCUGAAGUUUCUACUGCUGAGUGCUCUCAUAGCACUGGUGCUUGCUGAGCAAAAUGUAAAGCCCCAGUACAUGGAAGCAUUGCAAGACAGGGUUGUGGGGGGGAGUGUCGCCAAACCUCAUGCUUGGCCCUGGCAGAUCUCCCUUCAGUACCUGUCACGUGGUUCGUACUACCACAACUGUGGAGGUUCUCUGGUCAGGAGAGGCUGGGUGAUGACAGCUGCCCACUGUGUGUCUAUUUUCGGGGUGUGGCGAGUGGUUCUUGGAGCUCAAAAGAUCACUGCCAAUGAGCCAACACAGCAGGUGGUCAGGGUGACCAACAUCUACAUACACCCUAACUGGGACCCCAACAAUGCUUCCAGUGGGGAUGAUAUUGCUCUGCUUCGUCUUUCCUCCAAUGUUACCCUCAACUCCUACGUGCAGCUGGCUUCUCUGCCCAAACCAGGCCAGAUCCUGCCCAACAACAACCCCUGCUACAUCACAGGCUGGGGCAGCACCCAGACUGGCGGUCCACUAUCUGAUGUGUUAAAGCAGGCCUACUUACCUGUAAGGAACUAUGAAACCUGCUCCAGGAGUGACUGGUGGGGCAGCAUAGUCAAGAAAACCAUGGUCUGUGCAGGAGGCUCCAGGAACUCUGGAUGCAGUGGUGACUCUGGUGGCCCACUGAACUGUAAGGUCAAAGGACGUUACUAUGUCCAUGGUGUGACCAGUUUUGGGUCUUCCCUCCGUUGCAACACGCCAAAGAAACCCACCGUUUUCACCCGAGUCUCAGCUUACAUCGGCUGGAUGGAAGGAGUGAGUACCUGUAGACUCCUACUGGCCAAUCACACGGAGUCACUAUUCACGAGAACCAAUGAGAAUUGUUUGUCUUAG